GCAACUCUGACAAUCAGCUGCCGGUUUGUUAUUUAACUUGGUCCAGUCUUAGUUCGGUAGCAAAUAUCUUGAAUAACAGUAAUUAUGGGUUUCCUGACACAAGUUUGGGCCAAAGCGGCUGCGGCAACAGAUCCGACUCCAGCAGAUGCCGCAGUGCCAGAUGAAAAGCCCGUGCCGGACACAAAGCCAGACGCUGAGCAACCCAAAACGGAGCGUAAAGAAUGGGGUUAUGAUCUCUAUCCGGAACGUCGCGGCGAAACCUUCAAGCCUAAAUGGUCGCGCAUACUGUUCGGCAUGGAGGGUCAGGAGAACCUCGAUCGCUACAAGUGUGAACAGAAUGUCUACUGGUGUGUGAAGAAUGGCCCACUGGUGAAGCUGAUGAUGGGGGCACUUCGCAGCUCUGGCUGUCCCAUGGAUCUGCGGCGUCACAUUUCCUGCGAGGUGUGCGAUCCCAGUGUAACCGGUGGCUACGAUCCCGUGCUCAAUCAAAUUGUUGUCUGCCAAAAUAUGGCGAAAAACAAGAGCAUGGUGCAUGGUGUGCUCACCCACGAAAUGAUUCAUAUGUUCGACUACUGCAAUAACGAUUUGGAUUUCCGCAAUGUGGAUCAUCUGGCAUGUACGGAAAUACGUGCCGCAAAUCUGGCUCACUGUUCCUUCCUAAGCGCCAUGAUGCAGGGCGAUGCAUCGCCCUUUAAUGUCAAGGAAGCACAUCAGAACUGUGUCAAAUCCAAAGCCUUGGCCUCGGUGCUAGCUGUGAGAAAUGUAACCCAUGAGCAGGCCGUAGCUGCCGUCGAGCGUGUCUUUCCCAAGUGCUAUGCGGAUCUGGAGCCCAUCGGACGUAGAAUACGGCGUAAUUCGAUGGAUCAGCAAAAGGCGUUCAUGGAGGCGCCGUUGUACGGCUACGAUGUAUAUUAGUUUUGCUUUAUUUUUUUUUAAAGCUCAAAAAAAUUCAAUAAAAUUUAAUUUUAAGACUACGCCAAGGGCAAUUAUUGCAAUGGAUUAUUAAACAA